AUGGGUCAAUCCUCUCACAAACCCCGAGCCUCCUCCCUAUGGCGCGCCCCAACACCUGCAAAUGUUGGCCUCCCAGAGGGUGUGGAGUUGGUUCUGAAGGAGGUGGCUCGCAUGUCCAUGACAGAUAAGAAUUUACAGGGUAAUGACGCAAAGCAAGUAGGUGAGUUUUAUGGUGAGAACAAGGAUGUUGGGGAAGCUAAACAGUAUGAACCAAGUAAUGCAAAUGGGAACAAUGAUGAAUCGAAGGACACUGGCAGGAGUCCAAAGGAAGCAGAAGGUGGUACGACAAUGAAUGGUCCAGGGGCUACCGCCAAUCUGUCGGGUGCUAAUUGUCUUGGGUACAGAGUUUGUCUACUAGUUCCUAGCCUUUGGGUAAAGCAUGCUGUUGUAACUCUGCUAUCCUCCAGUCACCACUUCCUUGAUGUAAAAAGUGAAAAGCCGGAUGGAAUAAAAGGGAGUAGCACGUUUGUUUAUGGAGGCUCUUGUCCUUUUAGCUAUGUGUCUCCUUGGUUUGUGCCUGAUUGCUUUCUUGGCCAUCCAUACAGGGUCUACAUGAUAAAGCUAGAUAAGAGAAAUCUACCACAGUUCGGUCAAUGUGGGGGGAUAACUGACCUAAUGGUAAAGUUUAUACAAUCUGUGCACUUGAAAUCACAAGUUAUAAAUCCUGAUUUUGUUAGUGAGGAAAAGGAAUAUGCGGCUAAUGAAUUCAUCUGGGUGACCUUCCCUGAUAUGUCAACGAGGGAAGCUGCUAGGUUGGUCGCUAUUUGCAGAGGGGACAACCUAGAGCCUAGGCUUCGUGCUAUUUUUCAACAAAAUGUCGUGGCACUGAAAAUGGAGUUGGGUGUUCUUGGUAAGCGCCGUGAUAUAGAGUUCAGUGUCAUUGUGGACAAACAAGAUCUCAAUGCAAAUUUUCAGGUUCAGCAAGGUGUUAGCAAGCGGCGUAGGGAUGUUUGUGAUCAGUCAUCCCUCAACCUGAUGGGUCCUCAUGUUCUUCGCCUUGGUUCCGCAUCACUUUUGUCUAUGGUGAACCCAGAAUGGAAGACAGACAUUUUAUGUGCUAGCAGGGUUGACAUCCGUAACCUUACUGAUAGGAUGGAUGAAUUGCUCUAUCGCAAGGAGAUGAUGUGGCUGCAGCAUUCUCGGAUUGCUUGGCUUAGGGAAGGUGAUCGUAAUACCCGUUAUUUUCACAGGCAGGCGAUGUGGAGGGCCCGAAAGAACAAGAUCACCAAGCUGAAAAAUCAGAAUGCAGAGUGGUGCGAAGACCUGAAGGGCUUUUCUGUUGACGAAAUUUCAGAUGCCCUCCUUCAGAUGGGGCCACUAAAGGUGCCUGGGCCAAAUGGAUUCCCAGCAUGUUUCUACCAACAUCAUUGGGAGGUGCACAGGUCAGCAGUUGAGUCCAAGUUGAGAUGGGUUUCUCAUUUGAUUGAUGCUCAAUCUGGAUCAUGGGGUGAAAUGCUGGUGAGGAGAUAUUUCUAUGCCUGUGAUGUCGAGGAAAUACUGAAGAUUAAAAUUCCCCGCAAUGCUUGUUCGGAUCAGGUUCAGAAACGGUGGAGCCCUCCGUCGCCGAGUUCCUUGAAGAUUAAUGUUGAUGGCGUCUUCAUCCCUAGCUCGGGGGCCGCAGCUGUGGGUGUGGUGAUCAGAGAUCAUGCAGGGCAAGCAAAAUUGGCAUCAUGGCGUGUGCUUUCAUAUUGCAGGGAUGCUGAGGAGGAAGCUGUUGCAUGCCGCGAAGGGAUUACACUUGCUGCAUGGUGGCCGGAGACUCAUAUGGUGUUGGAAACUGAUUGUGUUGUGGUGGCCGCAGAGUUAAAGAACACCGAUCAAGACCGCUCGGUACGAGAUUGUAGAUCUAGUAAGAGCUAUAAUAAGGAGGUAAAAUGGCGUGAGCAAGGGUAUGUCCCUGCAACCGUUGAGGAACACUUGCAGGUUUCAGCAAGAAGCGGUGCUUGUCACCUCUUGUCGUGCACAUCAUUUGUUGGAAUGGGAGAUGUGGCAGCUCAAGAAGCUUUCGAAUGGGUAUGUAGUGUGCCUAAAAUAGUACAUGCUCUCUGCAUUAUUCUCAGGCUUUCUGAUGAUCUCAAGUCAUAUGAGCGAGAGAAAAUGACCUCACAUGUUGCUUCGACAAUAGAAAGCUGCAUGAAAGAGCACAAAGUCCCACUUGAAGUGGCACGUGUGAAGAUACAAGAAAUGAUAGAUGAAACGUGGAAAGAUUUUAACGAGGAAUGGCUGAACAUAAACAAUCACCAGCCGACGGAGUUACUCGAGAGGAUCUUCAACCUGACAAUAACAAUGGUGUAUAUGUACCAACAAGAUGACGCGUACACAAAUUGUCAUGUCAUCAAAGACACUAUAAACUCUUUGUUUGUGGAGCCUGUUUCGAUAGCAUAG